UCUAUCUAUCUAUCUAUCUAUCUAUCUAUCUAUCUAUCUAUCUAUCUAUCUAUCUAUCUAUCUAUCUAUCUAUCUAUCUAUCUAUCUAUCCACCCAUCCUCUUACGAUUUACCUAACUUCAGAAAAAAACUACUUACCUUUCAUCCUCCCUAUCGACCUACCUACUUAACUUUCUAUUUUCCUAGCUGACUAUCUAUCACAUCCCCCAACUCCGUCUGCCUAACCGUAGCGAAACACUCUUCCCUGCCAUUCAUCCACCCGAUAUCCAUCCACGGCCCCCACCACACGCGCACACCCCUACGCACGCGCUCAAACUACAUCAAAACCUCCACUCCACUUACCCUGCUCCACCCAAGGUUUUCUUUAUCUUUAGUUCCAUUCCAAGCAUCAUUUCGCCCGCGUGGUGUUGUUAAUAACACCGUUCAUGUAUAUAUAUCUAUGUAUGAUUCUUCGCUCACACUCCUCCGUUUCAAAGUGUAAGUAGUGCCUUUUUUGUCGGGGCCUCUUUACAAACCGGCAGUGAUGCUAAACCUCUCAACUGCCCUACUCGCCGUUGCUUAUCUUAUUGUUAUCAUCGGUGCUAGUGCCCUGUCGACCAGCUUUAUUCAACAUUACGAACACCUCAACAUCAACAACAGCAACAAUAAUAACCACAGCGAUCAACAUCAUCACCAGCAUCACAACAACACUUCUAAACACAACCACGGUAACCACAAAAACAUUAAGAGCAACGUUAGGAAUAAAGCUAAUAAUAUUACUACUACCACUAAUACUAAUAUUAAUAAUACUAAUAAUAAUAAUAGUAAUUCUACUUAUAAUAUUUUUGGCAUUUCUAUUGAUAUCACCCAUAACGGCAAGAAACCUCACAACCGUAGUCAUAAUCAAAGUCACAACCGCAGUGACAACAAGAACCUCGACCACAACAAUAAUCGCAGCAAUAAUCACAACAACAGCAACCAUAACAACAACCAUAACAACAACCAUAGCAACAACCAUAGCAACAACAACAAAAACAGUAAAAAACGUAAUAAAAACAAAAAUAGCCACAAUAGUAGACGCCCUUCUGACAGGAAUUUUAGAAAUCGUAAACAAACUGUAACAUUGUUAAAACAUAAGCGGCAACAGCGGCAACAGCACCUGCAGCAGCAACAGCAGCAGCAGCAACAGCAGCAGCCGCGGCGGCGGCAGUUGAGGCAACAGCAGCAGCAGCAUCAGCAGCAAAAGCAGCAGCAACAUCAAAAACAACAGCAACAUUACCAAGUACUUUUCAAUCAGAAACUGGCCUUGAGGGCUCCUGAAAUACACUAUGAGGGCACAGUGGAAUUGGUGACGUCAGAAAGACGGCGUGAGUUAGAGGAUUACUUCCCCGUGGUUAGCAACAACAAAAACGUUAGGAAACGAAGGAACAGUGGAAUGAAGGCCAACAGCCGCAACGAGCUGAUGGAGACGGAAAAAUACUUACUGGGGGAUUCCAGUGUGCAUAUAAGGGUAUUUGAAGAGCUUGUACGCAGAUUAUUGAAGAUCUAUAAAAGAAGAGGUUUCAGCUCUGAAGUACGGGAAGACGAAUACCCGAACACGGUUCUGGGGGAUUUCGAACGUUUGAAACAACAAACAUCGCAAAAUCAACAUCAACAUCAUCAACAACAACAACAACAACAACACAAACAAAAACAAAAACAAAGACAGCAGCAUCAAAAGCAACAACAAAAACACCAACAAAAACAGCAACAUCAGCGUCAAAAACAAAAACAGCAUCUGCAACGCCAAAAGCAAAAACAACAGAGGCAGUUGCACCAAGGUAGCGGCAAGAAGGGGAAAGCUGUACCAUCGUUGCCAUCAUCACCGUUACAACCAUUGAUUGAAACAACUACAAAACCACAUGUGGACACGCUGGUGCAAUUUAUGCAUCAAUUAAGUAAACAACCAGAAACAUCAGAGGAAGUACUCCUGAGACAAUACUUUGAACGGCUAGCAAACCAGCCGGGAACUUCUCCUGAGCAAAUCCAACAUGGGUCAGGGUUUGAUAGACAAUAUGACCCAGAUAAUCAAUCGACGCCUCCAUCAUACGCAUGCAAAAAGAUAGAUUCCAGUUUUCGACUUGCUUGUCCGGUAUAUAACGAAAAUGAAGAAACAACAUGCAUUGAUGAUACACAGUUAUGUGAUGGUAUGUCCGACUGUCCGAAUGGAGACGAUGAAAAUAAAACUGUAUGUAUGUUCUAUACGAUGAUACGCUACACUAUUAACAAGCUUACCCAAACAAUGUUCGAAAAACUACAGCGGCACUAAACGUAACAACGCACACAGUCUACCAUUGACGGUGCUUUUCUUUUAGAAGAGAAGCACAAUUCCACUUAGCGAAGAUUGUGAGGAGAAAUAUAUAAAAAUCAUGAAUUUAAUUAUGGAUAUAUGAAAUAUAUAUGAUAUAUAUGAAUAUGUGAAAUAUAUAAAAAUAAUUAUAAAUAAAAUUAUGGAUAUAU